AUGACCGCGGCGCCGGCCCCGCUCAACGGCGGCGCCGCUGGACGCGGCGGGGCGCGGGCAACACAGGCCGCGGCGCCCGAGGGCGGCCGCCCGCCAGGGGAGCGGCCGUUGCCGCGGCUGCUGAGGCGGGGCGAGCGGCCGCUGGCGAGGACGUGCAGCGCCCCAGUGAUAGGCGACGCGGCACUGGUCACGGGCAGCGACAGCGCCCGCAGCACGCGGUCGCUGCCCCUGGACGUCGAGGUGGGCCCCCGCCCGACGCUGGAGCCGCCCUGCUUGGGCAGAGGGCAGAGGGCGCUCUCCUCCGCCAGCGGCGAGCCCGCGGACGGCGAGGCGAAGCAGCGCCCGUGCCGGCGCGGCGCUGCGGCGCGGCGGCGGGGCGGCGCGGAGCAGGGCCGCUCGGGCGAGCUAGCGCUGAGCCUCGUCGAGUGGGCGGCGUCGCCCCGGCCGGGGCUGGCGCAGCUGGUCUCGCUGGCCGAGGCCUGCUUCGGGAGCGGUGCCGGCGGGGGGCCCGCGGGCGCGGGGCAGAACCCCGCCGUGCUCGCCAGCUUGGACCAGGUGUCCAGGCACAUUUUCUCGCUGGUGCACGUCAAGAGCACCUCCAAGUCCAACCGGCAGCCCUUCGCGGACACCUCGCUGGACUCGGCGCAGCUGGCGUCCCUUCAAAGGAUCAUGCCCAAGAGCUUCUGCAGUACAGCACCGCUGGAGCUGGCGCGCCAGCAGAUCGUUCUCCUCAUACUGGUCGUUGCUGCCCAGGACGACACCGCAAACGCCGCCCCCCUCCUGACCACGCCGCGGAGCCGCAGCGUCACGGAGAGCCUGCGAAGGGCAUUGGAGCCGGUGGCCGACGGAGGCGGCACUUGCAGUGCCGACAGCCUCCGAUUGAUGAUGAACUUCCUGAGCGAGCUCCGCGUCUCGAUCAUCAAGGUGCUCGCCUCCAGCCUGAUGCGCGGCCGCGGCGGCAACUCGAAGUUUCAGCAGCACGCCAUGUCGGCGCAGCAGGCUUGCAUGGCGCUCCUGUGCGGCACUGACCCCGGAGAGGGCGACAUCGAGAAGCGGAUGGGCAUCCUGCACCGCCUCGCACAGAACCAACCCGUCUUGCUCGCCAAGAACGGCCCGAGGGCGUGCUGCGGGAGAUCGUGA